CUGUCAAUACUCUGCCAGAUACUAGCUUGGCAGUGGCACGCGGACUCUCCACGGUAUCCUACGCUCCCCAAUUAGUAUACAAAUAUUUUUUCAAACAUCAUCGAGCGAGCAAACGUAAAGUGUAAUUAAAUUGCGAGGUGGAAUGAAGUGAUGUAAAAUGUCCGAGGACGAAUGCUAGGCUAUUUCGAGGAGGAGGAAGACGGUGGUGGCGACGAGGACGACGAAGGUCGGGGUGGCGCGGCCGAGAUGGUGGGCUCGUGGAGCACGACAAAGAUCGAGCUUGUGACCGUGAGGAAGGCCGCGGCGAGUGGUAGAACCGCCUCGGCGAGCCUGGGCAGUGGUGCUGCUUCGGGUAAAGAGGAGUCUGUCAAAUUCGUCGAGCAGUACGCCAAGAGCGUCGUCGACUUCAGCUCGCAGUAUGGGAGCCCUAAGAGCCUCUGUUACACGGCUUACAACAUCGUUGGUUCUCCGAGCAAGUUUCCCGAUUACGGGGACUUUCCCGAGUCCUUUGUCAUGAGAACUUAUGGCAGAUGGUGGGACGAAGCACCUUCAAAAUCAUUAGAUUACAUGCCUCAGAACAAUGGUCCCAUAGUUAGUCAUGAUUACAUAGUUUUAGAAUAUGACCUUGAAGUUUACCCGCUAAGAAUAUCGAUUUACGAGAUUUACAACCCAGGCAGCGUCAUAGCAAUAUGGGCUAAAGAUGAGACUGGUCAAUGGUUGAAACUGUGGAAUGGUCCUCCACAAAUAGUGCCACAUAAGCCACGAAUAUUUUCGCCUCCGUUACAGAGGUGUAAUUUUAAAACGUGUUCAUUAAGGCUGGAGUUCAAUCAUAGCUUGCUAGAUUAUUAUACUCAACUGGAUGCUGUACUGUUAAUUGGAACGUCUCAACAGCUGAUACCCAAUGCAGGAUUUCACGCGCGAAACUUAAGUAGUUUAUUAAGGGAACUUGGAGAGGUGGAUUACAGUAGCUCAGACUGUUAUAACUUAACUCCUAAUUAUGCUAAAGUUAACGAUGAUUUAAAAACGCUAAAGAGCUUGUUGCAUAAGAAUUGUGUUCUGCAUAAAAGUAAAUAUAUUGAUAAAGUUCCUAUUGUCAAAUUAAAGGCAAAACUAAGUUUCCACCGUCAUUACAUUCCACCGAUCGAAGAAGCGUUUAAUAGUUUACAAAAAUUUUUACAAGAAGACUUUCCAAAACUCAUCAGAGAAAUCAAUAUCUCGUCAUCCAUAACGUUGUCAGAGUCGGAGUCGGAAGUAACGGAAGUAAAUGUUAGUAAAGACACCAGCUAUUCUUACUUUUCUUCUCUACCUGAUGAAAUCGUGGUAAAAAUUUUUAAAUAUUUAGACCUGAGGUCUUUAUGCCGAUGUAGCCAAGUCAAUAGACAAUUCAAUACAAUCGCUGUUGAUGCUUCCUUGUAUAAAAGGCUCAACUUCAAACCAUACUGGCACCUUAUAAACGCAACUGUUUUAGACAGUUUUAUCACAAAAUGUCAGUAUCUUCAGCGGCUCGAUGUAUCUUGGUGCGGAAACAUUCAACCAAAAGAUUUCAUCAACUUCUUGAAAGCCACUGGCAGCUCAUUAUCACAUCUAAGGCUUAAUUGUUGUAGCUUUGUUAAUAAUGAUGUCAUGCAGGAAAUUUCUAUUACGUGCACAAAUUUAAAGGAAUUAGGACUGAGGAGUUGUAAUUUUAUACACGACUUUGGUUUUGUAUGUUUAAAAAACUUGAAAAACCUUGAAGUACUUGACUUGUACAAAACUAACAUCAAUAGCGAAACAUUGUGCAAGAUACUUCGUGAAAAUACGCAUCUUCGGCAUUUAAAUUUGGCAUGCUGUGACGACUAUCCGUUACUUAUGGAUGAGGUGGCUGAGGAGUUGGCCAUUUCUUGUACGAUAUUGGAAAGCAUAGACAUGUGGAAGUCCCCGACUCUUACAGUUAGAGGUAUUAGAGCCCUGUCAAACUGCAGUAAUCUUAGAGAAAUCGAUUUUGGGUGGUGCAGCGGAAUUGGUGCACCAGGGGACUCCUUACGAGUACUUUUCAAUUCGUGCAGAAAUUUAGAAAAAGUAUUUUUAUCGGCGUUUCGUGGAUUGACCGAUCGCGACCUCGAACCGUUGCUCCUGUGUCGCAACUUGAAGCAAUUAGAUUUACUUGGAGCCAAUUCGCUUAGUCCAGAAAUAUGUGCAAGUCUACUUAGCUGUCUACCACUACGUAUGUUAGACUUGAGUUUUUGUGAUGGAAUAAGCGAUGUUAAGAUUCAAGAGUGGAGACAAAAUUAUCCUCACGUGUCGAUAAAACGAAGCUCUCAAGUAUGAAGGGCUGAACGGAGAUUUAGAUGUUAGAUAAUUUAGGAUAUUUUGAAGUCAUCAGAGUUUUGGUGUUUAAAGUGUUAAGUAUUGUAAAAUUUAAUUUAAAAAAUGGUUGUAAUAAUUUGUGAUGUGAUUUUUUCUUUUUAAGUGUGAAAAAACAUGUGAAAAUCCGGUGGUUAAAAUAUGAUGUUUGUGUGAUUUUACGAUUGAAUUGUACACUUAAUUCUUAGUUUAAUUUUGAUAGACACCUUAGUUACUCGAGGCUAUAAUUAAUUUUUUUCAAGAAUCAAAUAACGUGCUUUUCUCAAAGACUGCAGCUAGACUAAGGUGCAACUAUUUUUGUAUUAUUUUAAGGAAACAAAUGUCCCCAGUGUAUUUAUUAUUUACAAACUUUCUGAGUCUUAGGAAGUAAUAAGAAAUUUUUUUACAAACUUUUUAACGUGUUUUGUAAUAAACUAAAGUAACAAAU